ACGAUAGUGGCGUCUCGGCGUCUCCGUGGUAACGCGUAGCGGGUACAUAAGAGCGCGCGCCUCCUCCAUCCGUGCAUUUUGCUAAACUCCGGAGAGCGCGACGCACGAAGUGUGGCGGAUCACCGGCAGUACUGAAGUUUGACGUUUCGUAAAUAUUAGUCGAUGCUUUUGUUACGAAUCUCAACUUAGAUUGUGUAUUUUCGUUAAGUGCUAAAAUCAAUAAAUUGCAAAAUGAUUACCCUAGUGUUGUUUGUUAUGGGAAGUCUACUAGCAGCAGAGGGUUGCGGACCUGGGAAACAAUUGAUAAAGUCAGGAGGGUUGACCGCGUUCGAGAAACAGGCGAUCGUCGACGCUCAUAAUCGUCUGAGGCAAUCCGUGGCUUUGGGACAAGUGUCGAGCCAGCCGCCCGCAGCUAACAUGAUGGAAAUGGUGUGGGACGACGAACUUGCAGCGCGGGCGCAGCAGUGGUCCGACCAGUGCACGCCGCAGCAUGACAGAGCGGCGCAGCGCGACGUGGGCCGCUUUCCCGUGGGCCAGAACCUAGCGGCAACAUGGACCACCCGCCCCCCAUCCUCCCCCGCCGACCAGCAGCCCGACUUCAUGAAGCAGAUCAAAGCCUGGUUCGAUGAAGUCAGCAUCUUUGGCUUCAAGCCCAUCAACGGCGCGCACGGAACGGGACAUUACUCACAGUUGGUUUGGGGUGAGACCUCUCACGUGGGAUGUGGCUUCACGUACUACCACGACAACGUGAAAGGCUACACCAAGCUGUACGUGUGCAACUACGGGCCCGGAGGCAACGUCAUCGGAGCCAGUCCCUACGAAAAAGGAAGUCCACGGUGCAGCGCUUUCGGCCUAUCUGAAUCUGUCAAAUACUCUGGCUUGUGUGCUGGCAGUUUCACGAGAACUACGAGCUAUCAGUCUGUGAAUAACUACAAUAACAAUGGCUACAUAUCGAAUACCAUCCCCGGCAGUACUGGAGAAUCCAAGGGAUACAACUACCACUUCUUCAAGGAGUACAACAACCAAUAUCAGUACCAAUACCAGCAGCCGCAGCAGCAAACCACCUCAUUAUUCGACGAAUCAUCUAUCAAAGCUCUACAAGAAUCUGCGUUGAAAUCUUUCACACAGCAGGCGCAUACCUUCUUGCCCGCCGAUUCUUCGGCCUUCAAACCUACUCAAUCUCGUACCUUCCUGCCCGCCGACUCGUCGUCCUUCAAGCCUGUCCAAUCUCAUACUUUCUUGCCCGCUGAUUCUUCAGCCUUCAAACCUGCCCAAUCUCGUACAUUCCUGCCUGCCAACUCCUCACCAACAAAAUCUCGUACCUUCUUGCCCGUAGAAUCAUCUUACUCGGCAUCGCAACCACCUCGUUUCUUACCUGUCGAGUCUACCCUGAGAUCUUUCCAACCUAAGACUUUCCUCCCCGUGGACUCGUCUUCCAUUAAAUCUUUCAAUCAAGAUCAACCUCUGUUGACCUCUGACUCAGACACUCUGAAGCCUCUCAUCGAUAUUCUUACAACAAAACUGUUCUCCAAGCAAAAACAAAACGGCUACUCAAUAGACACAAUUUAUCUGUAAGCAAAAAUGUUAACGUAUGAAAUAAUUUAGCAGUAUUUAAAACUUGGUGACAGAAAUGUUGCUUGACUGAAUUUUCGGAACUGUUCAACGCAGACUUCGGAAUAUUGUAAAUAAUUAUGUCCUUGGUUUUACAAGGAGCUUAGGAUCUACUAUAAAUUGUAUGAUUGACUAUUGUUAUUCAUACCUUAAAUUUUUAUAAAUUUUGUCUAUUUUUAUACAAUCUAAUUUUCAAUACUUUUGUACAUUUUUUUUUGAAGAUGUUUAGGCAUGACAUUUGGAAGUAACUCUCGAAGAACUUGUGUCAACACGUAGAUCAACAUAAUAUUUUAAUAAUAUUAAAUUGAAAAGAAAAUAAUGCUGUCGGUGAUGUUUUAAUAUGCUAUUUGUAGAUACAUUAUUAUUGUUGUU